GGUUCUUCCUAUUUAGGUCUGGACCCCUGUUGGUAAACUGCAAAUAUGUAUCGUUAAAAGUUGGGUAGGGUUCUCGCGAUCCGAUCUGUAUCAUCUCAUCUCUCUUUAAACAGCUGCCUGAAUUACAUGGCUUAAUUAUGCAUCAUAUUCAUAGUAUUGUUGUAUACUAUAUGAACGUCCCACAGCAAAUGAUUAAAGUUAUGGUAGUUAAUAACAGCAAUGGGAAUUUCCAUUUAUAAAAAUUUAUGUUGGCUUUAUGAACUGAUCUUUAGGAAUUGAUACGCAAAACUUUUCAGAAUUGUAAAUUAGGAAGACUUUCCCUUCCUUGAGCAGGUUUGAUGAACAGAUGAGUGUUUUGGUCCCCAAGAUAAAGUAAUUAUCCAAAAACUCCCAUUAAAAUCUAAAGAAUACUCUCAAUCAAGGUAUAUUUAGUGCGACUGUAACUCAUUCUGAGCCUUUUUCAUAUCCCGUUCCUUCUCUGAAGGAAUGUAUGAGAAUGUGAUGUGUUUUUGUAUUUUCAUGUGUAAUGUUAGCAACAUUAGCAUUUAGCCCUGGUUGGGUUACCAUUAUUUCCUUGUCUGUGAUGCAAUUGGUAAAAAGUUAGACCAGCUGAAAAUCUUAGCAAUUUCCUUUAGGUGGGUCCCUGAUUGGUGGAAUAGAGACGAAAGUAGAGCUAGCAAGGCAUGGGGAUAGCGAGGAGGGCUAAUGUUGGCAUGGGGAUAGCGAGGAGGGCUAAUGUUGGCAUGGGGAUAGCGAGGAGGGCUAAUGUUGGCAUGGGGAUAGCGAGGAGGGCUAAUGUUGACAUUGGGAUAGCGAGGAGGGCUAAUGUUGGCAUUGGGAUAGCGAGGAGGGCUAAUGUUGACAUUGGGAUAGCGAGGAGGGCUAAUGUUGACAUUGGGAUAGCGAGGAGGGCUAAUGUUGGCAUGGGGAUAGCGAGGAGGGCUAAUGUUGGCAUGGGGAUAGCGAGGAGGGCUAAUGUUGGCAUGGGGAUAGCGAGGAGGGCUAAUGUUGACAUUGGGAUAGCGAGGAGGGCUAAUGUUGACAUUGGGAUAGCGAGGAGGGCUAAUGUUGACAUUGGGAUAGCGAGGAGGGCUAAUGUUGACAUUGGGAUAGCGAGGAGGGCUAAUGUUGACAUUGGGAUAGCGAGGAGGGCUAAUGUUGACAUUGGGAUAGCGAGGAGGGCUAAUGUUGACAUUGGGAUAGCGAGGAGGGCUAAUGUUGACAUUGGGAUAGCGAGGAGGGCUAAUGUUGACAUUGGGAUAGCGAGGAGGGCUAAUGUUGACAUUGGGAUAGCGAGGAGGGCUAAUGUUGACAUUGGGAUAGCGAGGAGGGCUAAUGUUGACAUUGGGAUAGCGAGGAGGGCUAAUGUUGACUUUGGGAUAGCGAGGAGGGCUAAUGUUGACUUUGGGAUAGCGAGGAGGGCUAAUGUUGACAUUGGGAUAGCGAGGAGUGCUAAUGUUGACAUUGGGAUAGCGAGGAGGGCUAAUGUUGACAUUGGGAUAGCGAGGAGGGCUAAUGUUGACUUUGGGAUAGCGAGGAGGGCUAAUGUUGGCAUGGGGAUAGCGAGGAGGGCUAAUGUUGGCAUGGGGAUAGCGAGGAGGGCUAAUGUUGACAUUGGGAUAGCGAGGAGGGCUAAUGUUGACUUUGGGAUAGCGAGGAGGGCUAAUGUUGACAUUGGGAUAGCGAGGAGGGCUAAUGUUGGCAUGGGGAUAGCGAGGAGGGCUAAUGUUGGCAUGGGGAUAGCGAGGAGGGCUAAUGUUGGCAUGGGGAUAGCGAGGAGGGCUAAUGUUGGCAUGGGGAUAGCGAGGAGGGCUAAUGUUGACAUUGGGAUAGCGAGGAGGGCUAAUGUUGGCAUGGGGAUAGCGAGGAGGGCUAAUGUUGGCAUGGGGAUAGCGAGGAGGGCUAAUGUUGGCAUGGGGAUAGCGAGGAGGGCUAAUGUUGGCAUGGGGAUAGCAAGGAGGGCUAAUGUUGGCAUGGGGAUAGCAAGGAGGGCACUUUUGCAAGAAUUAUGUUAAUCCAGAGGAACCAAAAUCACAUUUUGAGCAAGGUUUUAGGUUCACGCUGAAAUCCCGGCCAGUCUCACAUACUGUAAUUUCUGGCAGAUUUUAUCUCAACAAAACACAUGAUUAUACAUGAAAAAAAAUUAAAUUGGGGGAUGACUCCUUAAAAAAACCCUCCUACUUUUAGUGUUUGCAGUGUAUUUAUUAUUAAUUUAAACAUCAUGAAAGUCAAUUUAAAAACUUUCAUAAUUUUCAGAUAACUGCUUAUGCAGUAUGGGGCUGAUCUGUAUUCAUUCUGAUCAUGAAUCAGGUGGUAGAAACAGACCAGGGAAGGGAUUGGAUAUCUCUAAUGGUCACAGGAUUAUCUGGUUUCAGAGAGAUGAACAAACACUUUUCAGUAUUAAAAAAAGGAUUAGCAGCACUCAGAGCUGAAUGUGCAGAAAUGGACUUUAUAAAACAUUUGCCUGCAUGGGACGAACAAGAACUUCAAACUUUGAGAAGCAACAUUUAUUGUUGAAAAACUAAGCUCAAAAGCAACAAAUUUAAUAAAUGUCUGUAUUUGAUUGGAUCCAGUAUUAUGUUUUUAAUGCACCUUUCUUCCAUUAUGUUUGAUUACUUUCUGGCCAAAUGUCACCAGAAACGGCUGCUGUACACACAGUAUCCAGUUUCUGUCCCCAGCAGGGGCCCUUAUAAGGUUUAACACUAAAGACUGGCAGAUAAACUGUUAGUGUAAGCUCCGACCACACCAACAGCAGCAGCAAAAAUGUGCGUGGUCGUUCGUUUUUUAAUGCUUGUACAAGUUUAGUUCCGACGCGCUGCUGAAGCAUCGUUACUGCUCUAGCUGCACCAUUGAAAAGUGGGUCUGAUGCGUGUUGGGCGGAGCUACCCUAUCUUUCUUUGCCUGUAACAAUGGCUGUGAUCAGUGGGUAAAAAGUAGUUUUAAUGGGUUUUUAAGUGAGAAACUGAAAACUUUAUCUGAGCAGUCAGUCAGGGGAGUGAUCAUAGCACUCUGCAUCAACAGUGCUGUGUCUGACUCCCUGCCAGCUCCCAGAUCAGCUUCUCUGAUUGGUUGAUGCGGAGCGAGCAGUUUAAGUUCGAUUUUUCAACUCUGCUGCUUCUGACUGCUAACUGAUUAGACCUUUGUGUCUGAUCUGUUAGAUCUAAGAAUCCAGAGCCGCCAGUGUCUCUUUGGUUCAGCGUCUCUUAAUAUUGAACCAGGAA